CCGGACGCGGGACGCCUCACUCCACAUCAGUCGUCACACGGACAAACAAACCAGUUUAUAGCUGAACCUAGCACUAGCAGCUAGCUUGCAGGCAUCUCCAACAUGGCUACCGCCCAGCAUUUGGCCCUUGCCAUUCUUGUGCUACUUAGUAUAGGCACGACCACCAGCGCUCGAAUCCUACUGGGUUACGGCCCGGGCGGAGGAGGGGGUGGCGGAGGUAGCGGCGGUGGCGGCGGCUAUGGUGGAUCAGGGUCGGGUUCUGGUUACGGCGAGGGAGGUGGAAGUGGAGGUUUUAGUGGUGGUGGAUAUGGGCACGGUGGUGGCAGUGGAGGCGGUGGUGGUGAGGGCGGCGGUGCAGGCUCUGGGUACGGGUCUGGUGAGGGCUCUGGCUAUGGAGGCGGCGCUGGCGGGUACGGUGGCGGCAGUGGUGGAGGAGGCGGUGGUGGCCAAGGUGGCGGUGGCGCAGGCUAUGGGCAUGGGUCCGGUGAGGGCUCUGGCUAUGGAGGCGGCUCUGGGGGAUACGGUGGCGGCAGUGGUGGAGGAGGAGGCGGUGGUGGCCAAGGUGGCGGUGGCGCAGGCUAUGGGCAUGGGUCUGGUGAGGGCUCUGGCUAUGGCGGCGGUGCUAGUGGUGGUGGUGGUGGACACGGUGGUGGCGGCGGAGGCGGCCAAGGUGGUGGGUCUGGCGGCGGCUCGGGCUAUGGCUCCGGUUCUGGCAGUGGAUAUGGCCAGGGUGGUGCUUAUGGUGGAGGGUAUGGAAGCGGCGGUGGUGGCGGUGGUGGCGGUGGCGGCGGCGGCGGCCAAGGUGGAGGCUCUGGCUAUGGAUCCGGCUCCGGCUCUGGAUAUGGCUACGGCUCCGGCUCCGGUGGUGGCUUCGGAAAUGGACGCCACUGAGCUCACUUCAAUGGCAAGGCGCACCACUGGGUACAGUAUAUAGAUAAAAGUGUUUCACAGAUUGAUUAAUACUCCUGUAUUGGGAUUCCGCUUUACUUAUUUGGCAAAUUCUACAACGUAGUAAAUAAACGAUAUUUACAAUGAGAUUGUGUUUCUGUGUCCAUGGAGCUGUUUCCCCAAUUGAAGAGAUGUGAUAUGCAAGCAGCCAAGCAAAAUGAUAUACACUCCAUGACAACGGAGGUCAACCUUGUAUACUGAGCUCUAUGUUUGGUAGUUGGUUCUGCACAUUUUUCCCACGAGCGAACCUCAGUGUCAAGCAUAGAUUACUCAGAUUCAUCUUCAGUUCCAUUAGUUUCCACAGGUAAACAGGUUUAUGUAAGAUACAGUUCCUGAACGGUCCGAGUCCACCAUAUGAUGAACCCUGUUUCUGAAUUUUUCUGUUC